GUAAGCGAAACAGAGCCUCUUUGAGUGAAGUGACACUGCUGCUCUGACAGAUAUCAAGCAUGGCAGCAGAUCAGGCUUUUGUCACUUUGGCCACCAAUGACAGCUAUGCGAGAGGAGCGAUGGUGCUGGGAAAAUCCCUCAGGAACCACAAGACUUCCAAAAAGCUGGUGGUGCUCAUUGGACCUCACGUGUCGGAUCAGUCAAGGGCGGUGCUGCAUAACAUCUAUGAUGAGGUCCGGCUAGUGGACGUGUUGGACAGUGGAGACGCAGCCCAUUUGGCCAUGAUGAAGAGACCUGAUCUGGGUGUCACUUUCACCAAGCUGCACUGCUGGACUCUCACACACUACUCCAAAUGUGUGUUCAUGGAUGCAGACACACUGGUGGUAUCAAACAUCGAUGAGCUGUUUGACAGAGAGGAACUGUCUGCAGCGCCGGACCCCGGCUGGCCCGACUGCUUCAACUCUGGUGUGUUUGUGUUUCGUCCAUCCAAUGAAACCUACGGCAAACUUCUGGAGUACUGCACACAACACGGCAGCUUUGACGGAGGGGACCAAGGAGUUCUGAAUGGCUUCUUCAGCGACUGGGCAACAGCCGACAUCACAAAACACCUUCCCUUCAUCUACAACAUGAGCAGCAUCGCCAUCUACACCUACCUUCCUGCUUUCAAACAAUAUGGUGCAAAUGCGAAAGUCGUGCACUUCCUGGGCCAGAUGAAGCCGUGGAGCUACACAUACAACCCAAGUCAGAGGAGGCUGAAGGGGGACAUGCAGGGGUCAUUAGACCCCAGUUUCCUGCUGGAGUGGUGGGCUUUAUACAGCGGUGAGGUGGUGCCACUGCUGAUGGGAGAAUACGGAGACCAGCCCUUCUACUCCGGCUGUGAGGAGGAUGUGGCGGAGAGCACUCAUGUCCAGCCGAUCAUGUCUUCAGCCGAGCGAAAGCAGAAAUGGGAACAGGGUCAGGCCGACUACAUGGGAAUAGACUCUUUUGACAACAUUCAGAAAAAGCUGGAUGUUUUCCUCAAAUAAUAAUACAAAAAUGUAAAAACACAGAGAUCUGAAAAGGUGUUCAGCUAUGCAAGACGCUAACUCCUCACUUACUGCUUCAUUCACUUUACUUUUGAAAGGCCGUUUCAAAUGUGAACUCUAGUAUUUUUACUCAUUUCUAAAGGGAGUUUUGGGAAGUGUCAGUUUUCUCUUAAGCAAGUUUUAAUGUUUUAAAGGUUUAUUUAAAGUCAUUUCUGGACAUAUACUGACACCUGCUGGUGUGGAUGCAUUGUUAUGCAAUAGAAAUCUUUUAAUUACUGAUGCCAUUGUAAAUGUUCCCCAUUCACAUGAUCAAAUAUUCAUUCAUUCAUUUUCUUUUCGGCUUAGUCCCUUUACUAAUCAGGGGUCGCCACAGCGGAAUGAACCGUCAACUAAAAUCCACCAUAUGUUUUACACAGCGGAUGCCCUUCCAGCUGCAACUCAUCACUGGAAAACACCCAUACACUCUCAUUCACACACAUACACGAUGGACGAAUUAGCCAACCAAAUUCACCUAUAGCGCAUGUGUUUGCACUGUGGGGGAAACUGGUGCACCCGGAGGAAACCCACACCAAUGGGGAGAACAUGCAAACUCCUCACAGAAAUGCCAACUCACCCAGCCGGGGCUCGAACCAGUGACCUUCUUGCUGUGAGGCGAUUGUGCUACCCACUGCGCCACCAUGAUGACAUUUUUUUUUUUAAUUUUAUGAGGGUUAUCAGUUUACCAAGCUAUUACUUUCAGUAUUCAGCUGGCACAUGCAGUGUUAUGACUACUGAUGUGACUGAAAUACUCAUCUCAAGGGAGUUUACAUACCUUCAGGUAUAAUUUAAUAGUCAUUUUAGUAAAAAAGAAUUCAAGUAGAGCACAUGUUGCCAGUCCUAGAACAUUUAAACAACCUUUACAUUUUUCAGAAAGACUAUACAACUGGGGUUAUAUUUUUAAUUCUGUCUUAAGAGACAAAAAACAGCUUUUUUUUCUUUACUUCAAUCUGUGCCUUAGUGUUUCACAUUUUCAAGGCUUGAUGCUGUUAAAUCUCAGUCUGAUUAUGUUUAAUUCAUUUCUGUCUCUGGUUUACAGAUGUUGUUACUGCUAUAAUCUGUCUGUACUUGUUUUUUUUUUUUUUCUUCUCGUCAUUUUUUAUAUCUUUGCAUACUUUUCUUUUUGUCCUUUUUGUAUCUGUUAUCCUUUAUUUGGUGUUACAGGGCCCUUGUCCCCCUCCAGCUACAAAAUAAAGCCUUUAAAAAUA